UUCAGCGCUAACCACUGUGUUGAUAUUUCAUUUCGCCCACUUAAAAAUAUGCAAAAAUAUGAAAAACUUGAGAAAAUAGGAGAAGGUACAUAUGGCACUGUUUUUAAAGCAAAAAAUCGUGAAACACAUGAAAUUGUUGCUCUAAAAAGAGUACGUUUAGAUGAUGAUGAUGAAGGUGUUCCAUCGUCAGCUCUACGAGAAAUUUGUUUACUCAAAGAGCUUAAACAUAAAAAUAUAGUUCGUCUUUAUGAUGUACUACACAGUGAUAAAAAAUUAACACUAGUAUUUGAACACUGUGAUCAAGAUCUUAAAAAGUAUUUUGAUAGUUUAAAUGGUGAAAUUGAUUUAGAUGUUGUUAAAUCAUUUUUAUAUCAAUUGUUACGUGGUCUAGCAUUUUGUCACAGUCGUAAUGUACUUCAUCGUGAUCUUAAGCCUCAAAAUUUGUUAAUUAAUAAAAAUGGAGAAUUAAAAUUAGCUGAUUUUGGUCUUGCAAGAGCAUUUGGUAUACCAGUCAAGUGUUAUUCAGCAGAAGUUGUUACACUCUGGUAUCGUCCACCUGAUGUUUUAUUUGGAGCAAAGUUAUACACCACCUCAAUUGACAUGUGGAGUGCUGGCUGUAUUUUUGCUGAACUUGCAAAUGCAGGAAGACCAUUAUUUCCAGGCUCAGAUGUUGAUGAUCAGUUAAAAAGAAUAUUUAGAAUGUUGGGUACACCAACUGAAGAAACAUGGAGAGAUUUAACAACUCUUCCUGAUUACAGAGCAUUUCCUCAAUAUCAUCCAACACAAGGACUUUCACAAGUAACACCUAAACUUCCCACAAAGGGCAAAGAUUUACUCCAAAGAUUAUUAGUGUGUAAUCCAGCAUUGAGAUUAUCAGCUGAAGAAGCAAUGGCACAUCCCUACUUCAAUGACCUGAAUCCUACUAUUAAAAAUGAUCGAUGCCAGUAAAAUUAAACACAUUUUAAAUCAGUCUAACUGAUGGUGACCAAAAAGAAAAAACAAAAAUUUAAAUUAAUUUAAAAUAAAACAAAAAUAAUAAUACGAAAAAACAUUUCAAGAAAAAUUAUUUAUUAUACCUUGUUCAUAAAAUUGUAAAACAUUAACGAAUCUUGUUUUAUAUAUAAAUGAAAUUGUCCAAAUUAAAUAAAAGUAAAACUGUCAAUUUUACCACAUGAUUAA